CAGCAGAGUCCAGUCUGCAGGCUGCCCUGCACCAGUCUGUCUUUCUGUCGGCCAUGUCGGCGCAGCCUGGCCGCGACCUGUCGCUAUGCUGGGAGCAACACCGCAAACUGCUGCCGGGCGUUGCCGGAGUCCACGCCGAAACCGUCCAACACUGGAGCGUCCAGCAGGUGUCAGACUUCAUUGAGUCUCUUCCUGGCUGUGAGGAACAGGCCAAACAAUUCAGAGACGAGCAAAUUGAUGGGCGGGCCUUCCUCCUACUCACCCAACGGGACAUCAUCAGGAUCAUGUCAAUUAAACUUGGUCCCGCCCUGAAAAUCUACAACUCCAUCCUGAUGUUCAAGCACGCUGAAGACAGAAGCAAAUUACACGCAGAGGACAGGAGCCAAUCACACACAGAGGACACCUGACACCUGCAACUCAUAACUGAGCCAAUCCAGAAACACCAGUUUGACAUUAACAAGCCCCUCCCCCUCUUCUGAUCCAUCCAAUCAUCAAUCAGAUUCUCAGGUGUCGGUCAGGUGACUUCAUCUUGGACGUUCAUGACAAAGAAGAAAACGAGACAAACACUAGUGGCGUAGUAAGCCUUGACCAAACGUAGCAAAAUGUUUAUUUAAACGCAUUGAAACGGCGGUUCAUUGAACACCUUUUUUAUAUUCACGUCGCUGCUGAUUGGGUAUCUCCUCUGACACGCCCACCAAUCCAGAGAAAACGUACCUCAAAGCCUGUCGUGCAGGAAACAUGUUGUUCAGCCUGGAAACGGGAGUGAACGGUGCACACCGUGUAGGAUCCACACCAUUACUACACCGGCUUACGCCUGUGGAUGCAGAGUAGGCGGAGUCUGCACACCAUGUGACAGUUAUCGUAGCCGGCAGAUAUGCAGGAUCCUCCGCUAAACAUCACCAUGACCACAUGGCCCUUACAAACACAAACAACAAAACAAGUCUCAGGUUUAUAAAAUCAUAUUGUGAACACCCUUUCUGUGCUGCCAAUUAUUCGUCAAAUAGGGAAGCUACCAAAGCUAACCCUGAGCUAACCCUGAGCUAACCCUGAGCUAACCCUGACCACUGACAACAGUUGUUGUGACCCUCGUUCUGUCACCUGAGAACUCCUGAGCUCCACUUUAGGUUCCGGCUCUUAUUGCAAGCAAGUCCUUCAGAGAACUAAAGACUGAAAGUCUGGACUCACCAAACCAGGACCAAUGUGCAAGGAUUCUGGGAUGUAGAGGCCUAAAGGACACAGGUGGUCCAGGUGGAAGGAAGGGAGACUGAAAUGAGACUCAGCUGCACAUCUUGAUUUUAGCUUAAUGAAAAAUCUUUUGCAGUCUUAAUUUUUUUCUUUUAAAAAGUUUUAUUGAACUUCCUACAGAGAUUUUCUAGAAUAUCUUGGAUGAAAACUGCUGCGAGCUGAUUGGCUGAGCUAGUAAAAAAACACCAAAAACGCACAAAUAGUAAGAGAGGUCCCAUAUUAAUGCCGAAAAUGCAGAAUUGUUCGGAAAGAUUUUAUAAUUGAGAGAAAUUAUGAAAAAGGUCUCAUCAGUUUUGUAAAUCUGAUUAAAAGGUCUUAAAAAAGAUCUUAAAUGUACGAGACAAAUUUUAAUUACAAAAGCCUCAAAAGUACACAAAAAAGGAAAUUGUGACAAAGAACCCCAAAAAUAUCUAAAGACAUUUUAUAGAAGCCAUAAAAAUUUUUUUGUUGUGUUUUAGUCUCGUUAUCGCCCCUUCCUAAGUCUUGCCUCUUUUUCUCUGUGCUCCUAUAACAAUCUUUAGCUAGCUAAACACUAACUAAACAGCUAGCUAAUACACAUCAAUAGUUAGCUAGCAUUUUGCUAACAUUAGCCAACUUAAGAUGUGACUAUAUAUUACUUUCUUUUAUAUUUUAACCAUCUUCAAAAUAGAUUACAUAGAAGUCCAGGAAAGGACGAAGUUGCUCGGCUGUUAUUGGAGCACACAGCAAAAAGGGGCGGGUCUUAGGAAGAGUCAGUUAUAAGUAAAGGUGUAUUUGUGGAAAAGCACAGGUUCUAGCAUUGUUUAAUGAAUGUAAGGGCUCAUGAAUAAAUACCACACAGGACCGAUGACUGGCUUCGCCUCCACUUUAACGACUCAGGAUUUAAUUUGAACACAUCUGGUGACAUCAGUCAACCUCCUGUGCAAUGAUUGGUCGGUUCUCGCAGUGGACAGACGUCUUUAUUGAUUCCAGAGUUUGUAUUUAUAAUUUUAUUCUCUAUAGUGAAUCUAUAUUUGAAAGUUUAUAUAUUACUAUAUAUUUGUAUUUCUGUUCACUCUGACCCCUCCUCCCCUUUGAUGUCACUGUGAUGUCACAGUGGGCAGCUCCCUCAGGUUUCCAUGGUAACAGCAAUCUGCUGAUGUUUAUAAUUGUUUUAUUUUUGUUGUUGUGUUUGAUGAGAUUAUUAAAGUUUACUAUCUGACCUGA